AUGUCAGAAACAGAACGGGAUAAAAGGUUAGGGGCCCUUAAAGAAAAAGAAAGAGACGUCUCUAAGAAAAAAGGCCCUUCUGUGGACGGUAAGUCCACAGACAGGAUAGACAAAGGAAAGGACGCCCUGGGAGAGAAAGGUGAAAAGGGAAAGAAAAACCCAAAAAAGAAGCCUCUUUAUCCAAUAAAAGAAUUGGAGGCUUUGGGGCUUGGUAGUUCUGAAUCUGAGGAGCUGAGUCCAUCUGAGGAAGAGGACUUAGAGGAGGAAGCGGCUCGCUUUGAGGAAGAGAGGUACCACCCUGAUGAGCAGCCGUUACCACCAAAUCGAGAGCAAAAGAGGGGAGGAGCUGGAAUUCGCGGGGCUUUCUCAUUGACCCCUAGUGCCCCUCCACCUUAUGUUGAGAGGCACGGUUUAGAUUCCUUCUUUUCGAAAAGGGAUAAAAGGAAGCUUUUGCAGGCCUUCCCUGUAUUUGAGGCUGCGGAAGGGGGCCAUGUUUAUGCAGCGGUAGAAUAUCCCCUUGUUAAAGAACUUGCUGAAUCGGUUAACAAAUACGGGGUAGCUACUAACUUUACAAUCAUGCAGCUUGAAAGACUUGCUAGCGUGGCCAUGACUCCAAAUGAUUGGCAAAAUACCAUAAAAGCUGCUCUCCCUAGUAUGGGACAGUACUUAGAAUGGAAAGCCUUGUGGCAUGAUGCUUCCCAAACUCAAGCAAGGGCCAAUGCCUAUGCAGAAGACAAUCAGCAGCAAUGGACCUUUGAUUUGCUAACGGGGCAAGGCCAGUUUGUUCAUAAUCAGACAAAUUAUGAUUAGGGGGCAUAUGGUCAGAUCUCUGCUGCCGCUAUUAAAGCAUGGAAAGCCCUUUCAAAGAAGGGCGAGGCCAGAGGACACCUAACAAAGAUUAUACAAGGCCCUCAGGAGCCAUUCUCAGAUUUUGUGGCCAGAAUGACAGAAGCAGCAGGUAGAAUAUUUGGAGAUCCAGAGCGAGUCAGGCCAAUGAUAGAACAGCUGGUAUAUGAAAAUGCUUCCCCAGAAUGUAAGACAGUCAUUACUCCUAAAAGGAACAAAGGGCUUACAGAUUGGAUAAAGAUCUGCCGAGGACUUUGA